GUCGCGUGCUGGGACUGGAGGCGGAGGUCCGAGACCCGGCCUUACUUCUCUAGGGAUGCUGUGGGGCACGGGAAGCCCAGUCUGUUGUGCUGGGGUCGGUGGCUCAGCCAGCCGGCCCUCUGGCUGUGCGGAAACUCCCGAACUUCGCCCAUGUGUUUUCCUGACACUGCCCACCAUGUCGGACCUGGGUUUACUCCUGCUGCGAGCCCUCCCCGCCCGCCCAGAGUUGCUCCGAGGCCAUCUGCCCAAAUCCCAGCGCCUCCUGCGAGGCUCGGGAUGCCCCGUGCUCGCGCUCCACCGCUUGUGUCCGCAGCACCCAUGGGGCGUAACUCAGAGCCUGGGCACCCCGCUUCAUCGUCUGUCUAGGAAGAGCUGGCUUCUAGAUUUGGCAGUGCUUCUGCCCAGCUGCCCUCUUAGCUCCUAGGCCCCCCAGUUUGGCUUCUGUGUGAUUUAGGGAUCCUCUUAACCCUAGUCCUGGGGUGCCGCGCUCUGCACCCACUCCUUCUCCAGCCUCGUGCACGCAGCCUUCGAUUCUAACCUUACUCCUAAGUGGCUAUCUGUUGGGUCCCAGUCACCAGCCCUACUUUUUGUUCCCUGAAAUAUCCUUUCUGUAGUUAUUCCCAACUUUUGCCCCCAAGGGGGCGGGGCGUUGUGGGCCAAGAAGUUUAAAAGGUUGGUGGGGGUCUUCCAGGAGCUGCGACCAAGCAGCUGCCUUCGACCAAGCAGCUGCCUUCGGUGCUUGCCCCUGCAGGGAGUGCUCGGUGCCCCCACCCCAUGCCACUCCCACGAUGCCCUUGUCCCGCUGGCUGAGAUCUGUGGGGCUCCUCCUGCUGCCAGCUCCCUGCUGGGUGCCCCGGGAGAGGUUGCUGGGUUCCCUACGGAGGCCCUCUCUGGUGCACGGGUACCCGGUCCUGGGGGCCUGGCACAGUGCCCGAUGCUGGUGCCAAGCGAGGACAGAGGAGCCCCGAGCACUUUGCUCCUCUCUCAUAAUGAACGGAGACCAGAAGCCAGAUGCUUACGCCCAAGAGAAGCAGGACUUCAUCCAGCACUUCUCGCAGAUCGUCAGGGUGCUGACCGAGGAGGAGAUGGGGCACCCGGAGACGGGCGACGCUAUUGCCCGUCUUAAGGAGGUCCUGGAGUACAAUGCCAUUGGCGGCAAGUACAACCGGGGUUUGACGGUGCUGGUGGCCUUCCGGGAGCUGGUGGAGCCACGGAAGCAGGACGCUGAGAGUCUCCAGCGGGCCCUGACCGUGGGCUGGUGUGUGGAACUGCUGCAAGCUUUCUUCCUGGUGUCAGAUGACAUCAUGGAUUCUUCCCUCACCCGCCGGGGGCAGCCCUGCUGGUAUCAGAAGCCAGGCAUAGGUUUGGACGCCGUCAACGAUGCCCUGCUUCUGGAAGCGUGCAUCUACCGCCUGCUCAAGUUCUACUGUCGGGAGCAGCCCUACUACCUGAACCUCAUCGAGCUCUUCCUACAGAGUUCUUACCAGACUGAGAUUGGGCAAACCCUGGACCUCAUCACAGCGCCCCAGGGCAGUGUGGACCUAAGCAGAUACACUGAAAAGAGGUACAAAUCCAUCGUCAAGUACAAGACAGCCUUCUACUCCUUCUACCUCCCCGUGGCCGCGGCCAUGUACAUGGCAGGCAUUGACGGGGAGAAGGAACACGCGAAUGCCAAGAAGAUCCUGCUGGAGAUGGGGGAGUUCUUUCAGAUUCAGGAUGAUUACCUCGACCUCUUUGGGGACCCCAGUGUGACCGGCAAGGUUGGCACCGACAUCCAGGACAACAAGUGCAGCUGGCUGGUGGUCCAGUGUCUGCAGCGGGCCACCCCGGAACAGCGUCAGAUCCUGCAGGAGAAUUAUGGGCAGAAGGAGGCCGAGAAGGUGGCCCGGGUGAAGGCACUGUACGAGGAGCUGGAUCUGCCGGCCGUGUUCUCGCAGUACGAGGAGGACAGCUACGGCCACCUCAUGGGUCUCAUCGAGCAGUACGCUGCGCCCCUACCCGCGUCCAUCUUCCUGGGGCUAGCGCGCAAGAUAUACAAGCGGAAAAAGUGACCUGGAGGCCGCGAGGGAGGGGAGAGGAGGCUGUCAAUAAAUUAUUGUGUAACCUUGUG